AUGCCACCCGGCGCACAGGGCGCCACUCCGUGUUUCGCGACGUACAAUGGCCAAUCAACGGCGAGCUCCGGGGGCGUGCCGGGUGGGCCCCUCGUCGGCCAAGCAGUGCAGGGAUAUUCCAAUCUUCGAGCUGUGAGCUACAACACUUAUAAAGAACGCAUUUUUUGCAUUAACCUCGUUUGCGUAUUAUGGAAUGAGAACUUCGGUUUGACCUUUUUUUGA